AUGCAAGCACUCGAGCACUAUGGCUCAGGACGGACGGGCGGCGAGUGGAAGCUCAUCACGGACUUCGUGGGCACGCGCACCAUCGAGGAAGUGCGUUUGCACGGGCGGCAGUAUCUCCAGCGACUGGUUCAACAGUUGCCGCCAUCCCCCGAGGCGGCGGCUGCAAGUCGCUCCUUGUCCAGCGCAGGCAAUCAGAACAACCCCAACAGACAGAACUACCAGGUACCCAGAGGCGUCGAACUCCAGAAACCACGAGGAAAGAGAUCCGUCCCCCAGCCACAGGGAGUCCCGCCGGGCGGCAGCAGCGCUCUGAGCGCGGCGGCACUGGAGUGUGCACAGUCGAUGAGUGUUCAAGCCCCAGCGCAAUAUUACAGCCAGCAAUUUCCGCCACAAUACCAGCCAGGAAGCGCUGCUCCGCGACGGAACGGGCAGCGGUCGAAUCCCUGGACAUUCCAAGAAGACAAAGCCUUUGAAACAGUGCUGGCAGAUUGGGCUGGCAACAAGCCGUACUCCUGGGUGAAAAUCGCGGCAGCCCUGCCGGGUAAGACGGCGAAGGACGUGCGCACCCGCUACGACGAAAUGGUGGGGGAAGUCGCCUCGAUUGAGUUUGGAGAGGUGGUGCCAGUCCCCGACAGCAACGUUCCUAGCGACCCUGCCGCUAAUCGGCGACAUGGUUCCACCUCAACGCUGCGUCAGCGAGCAGUUCCACCGCCACCUAUUGAGGUACCGCCUAGAAGUGUAGGCAAAGGUAGUAGCACUCGAAGCAGGAGAGGUUCUGCGAGCGGGAUCACUAUGCUCAGCCCGACAUUCCUCGACUUGUUGGCGAAGGAAGCCGAAAGUGAGGAGAAAUCGCCGUUGCCGGCACUGCCGAUGCCGUUCCCAGGACUAACCAACCUGCCGUCGCCUUUGUUCUCGCCGACUCUGCUACCGUCGGGGUCUCCUGGCUUCUUCAGUCCUGGCAACAAGAAGUCGGCAGCUCGCGGCCAGCAAGACAAAAAGUUUUUGGGGGAUGACGCCAAGAUGGAGGAUGUAGACGCAGAGCCAGCGGGGAAGAGCGACGAUCCGCGGCGCUCCUCGACUCCGCGGAUAUGGAACGACUUCCUUGCCGACGAUUUCAAGUUCGACGACCCCCUCGGCCCAACCCCCCGUCGUAGCACUAGGAAAAUCCCUCGCUCAAAGGGAAGCGAGGGCCACAAGGCGUCCAAGAAGAAGGGCCCAGGACAGGAAGACGUCGAAAUGACCGAUGCUUCAGCCGCCUGA